AUGAAACUUCCACUUCUAGUGUCUGCAUUCUUCUGGCUAGCUCCUGUGAUGAUCUUUGCAUUGCCUCCUGGAAUGUGGGAAAAAUGCGCAUAUUCUUUGUGGUGCCUGGAUAGUGAUGAAUGUCGGCAAACAUAUGACUGCUGGUACAAGGCUCUUGAUCACAACUUAGAUUAUAUCUUCUGUAAUAUUGGUGUAUAUGAGCCACACAAAUGCUGGGUUUACGCGUCCGCCAUAUUGGCGCUAGAUAUCAGCCGCGCGCUGAUGUCUCACCCUCUCACCCGUCUUUCACCAAGCCAUAAGAUGGCAGCACAGAACACAGACCCCUUCAGGAUCCUAGAGAAAGUGAGCAAUGCCUAUAGACUGGACCUCCCCAUAAUCAUGAAGAUUCAUCCAAUCUUCUCCCCUGGACAAACUGCAUAA